CACAGAGGCUCGAGUGAAGAAGUGAAAAGAAGGGAAAGUGACAAUAAGAGCAUGCAAUCGAGCAUGUCUCCUAAAAGAAUAGAAGAUGUGUCCAAUAAAGACAAAGCUAGCAUUCCUCAUUCACACAGACAAGGUUCAGCACAUCAGGAAAGUACAGCAGAGAGGAUCAAGCAGCUCAAAUCUUUCUGGGAGCAGGAGAGGAACAAGCCCAUUUUCUACACCGGCACGUCUAAAUCUCUUGGGGAAGGUAAACUCACUCGUGGUGCAAAUCAACUAAAUAAAAGAUUUACAAAGUCGGAGUAUGAUCUGAGGUUAGUUGGAAGUAAUUCAGGCAGCGAGGACGAAGAUUCCAAUAGAGAUCAGAAUCAACGGAUAGAAAAGUUGUCCCCAAGCCUCAGCGCGAGUCGAACACAGUUCCACAAUCUGCGCGAUUUCUGGGAUGAUUCCAAGUCAGACACGAAAGGAUCAGUUUUGUUCGACAAACCCAAAAGCCCCAAAAGGAAAGAGCCAGUAGGUGCCCAGUUUCCACCUCAGGAGUUUAAGAGCGGUGAUGCUGAGAUUUACCGUUUGUCUUCAGCUAUCGAGAAAACAAGGCCGGCUGCCAUGAGGUCAUCUCCGCAGAGCCGAUCCAAGUCACCACAUGAUAGACAGAUGGGGUCAGGGGCAAGAGCUUUGAUCGACAGCAAAAACAACCUGUCCAAUAAUGCGACAAUUGAGUCCAAAAGAGGCGCCAAAGACUCUGGUCGAGAGGAAAAAUCCACAAAACCACAAAGCAGCUCAGGAAAAGAGCCUCGGUCUCCGAAGAGGAAAGACACUUUUGGCAAAUCCAGCAGUCGAGGAAAUCCUUUGCGUCGAACUACAAGCAUGUUCACGCUGAGUGUUCCUGAUGAAAAAGAUCACGUCCAGAUGAAAAUGGAUGUAAGCCCUGUCCACUCCCACAGCAGGAAGCAAAGGCAGAACGCUGAAAAAGGGGCCAUGCCGAGGAGAUUUUCAGAGGGAAUCGACACUAUGACUCCACGUGCACGGGCGUUUGUUCCCAGAGAUUACCGGCAUUACCUGGGCAUGACGGACAAGACCAGCGUCCACACCUCACUCGCCCCGGCCGUGAAGAGCGAGGGCUCAGAGGGAAAAUCCGGGUAUGACUUUGACCUGAGCAGUCCAGUGAGAGCAAGCACCCCAGUGAGUUCAGAGGAGCGUUACGGCAGGAAGGGCAGCCAGACAAGUCAGCGCCCCCUGUGGGCAAACUACAGCAGCUCAGAUACUGGCCCAGAGUCGUCUAUGAGCAGCACGUCAGACACCUGGUCAACCUCGAGGAACAGUUCAAACCGUGAAAAUGGCAAUGAAACCCAAAACCCUGUAAGAAAAGCAUUGAGGCGAGCAGAGGCACGGCCUAAGAAUCUGGCUAAAAGUAUAGAGGACAUGACGUCAUGUAUAUCUCCACGGCAAGAUUCAACUGCUGACCUCAGACACAUCAGUGAUGUUUCAACCAUCCCGUCACCAUCCUCAUCCUUAAAUGCAGAUCCAGACCACCUGAAGAAGAUGAGCAAAUCGGUUCCUUCGUUCUUACAGAAGGAGGACACUGACAGGGAUGCUGACUCCACCUGUGAAGACAGCAACCAACGAGGAAGACUAAUGAUGGGCAGUUCGAUGACUAACCUCUCUGGCUCCUCCGGCAUGACGUCUAUGUCUUCUCUGAGUGGCAGCGUUAUGACCAUGUACAACGCAGACUUCGGAAAUGUGGAGGUUCAGGGAAAUAUCCAGUUUUCCAUCAACUACGUUCAGAGGCUCAGAGAGUUUCACAUCUUCGUGGCCAAGUGCCAAGACCUGGCUGCAGUCGACCCAAAGAGGGGGCGCUCAGAUCCAUACGUCAAAAGCUAUCUGGUACCUGACAAAUCAAAUCUGGGAAAGAGGAAAACAUCUGUGAAAAAGAAGACGUUAAAUCCAACAUUCAACGAGAUCCUCAGAUAUCGUGUUCGCAUGGAGUACCUCAGGACUCAGACACUCAUUCUCUCUGUUUGGCAUCACGACACGUUUGGCAGGAACAGCUUCCUCGGCGAGGUCGAGGUGGACCUCUCCAAGUGGGACUUUGACCACACCCAGAUGACCGAUUUAGUCCUGAAAGCCAGGACUACACCCACUGUAGCACCGAAUGGGAAAGGAGAGAUGAGACUAGCCAUACGGUUCCUGCCACAGAUCACCCACAGUGAAGGCGUAACUAAAGACGGUCCCAACACGGGAGAGGUUCACAUUUGGGUGAAAGAAUGCAAGAACCUGCCUCUGAUCAGGGCGACCAUUGACCCAUACGUUAAGUGCUUCAUGCUGCCGGACACGAGCAGGAAGAGUCGGCAGAAGACGCGGGUGCUUCGGAGGACCGUGGAUCCGGUGUUUAACCACACGAUGGUGUACGAUGGCAUCAGUGAGACUGACCUAUCAGAUGCCUGUGUGGAGCUAACAGUUUGGGACAGAGACAGGCUGGCAAGCAACCUGCUGGGGGGGAUGAGGCUCGGAGUCGGAUCAGGUAUCGGUGGGAAAGGGAAAAGUUAUGGAGCAGCGGUGGAUUGGAUGGACUCAACCCCCUAUGAGGUGGCCCUGUGGGAGCGCAUGAUGGCGUCCCCUGAUGAAUGGGUGGAGGAUAUACUCCCGCUACGAAUGGUGAACUCUGCAAAAGCGACUUUCAAAUAAGCUCCAGCACAAAGACAAUCUUUAUCUGACAAAGAUAAACAAAACAGUAAAUGAAUUGCUAUAUAGAUGCAGUGCACUGAUUUAAAUGCAGCCAGAAAAAGCUGAUGAAAUAAUGACAAGAGUGAAAAUUUGGGAAUCAACCACGCGGUUAUACUGUCACCUGUGGUGCUACCUGACAAAAUGGUUCCAGAUACUUUCUUAUCUUUGUUCAUAGUCCAGUUGUUCCAGGAAAACACCAAAUGGUACAUGUUAUGACCUUUUUAAAUGUUUUAGAGCAUGAACGUCACUGUUCAUAAAAACAACCUGGAGGGUGAUGUAAUUAAAAAAACAUAUUGUUCAUGCUGCAAUAAUAACCCAUUAAAACAUUUAAAAACUGACUUAUGUCUAACAAAGGUGACAAAUUACAAAAAAUAAAUAUCUUUAAUGCCAAUAUUAAGACUUUGAUCACUUUUUGUAAGGUAAAAAUAUAAAGUAAGUUAAGAAAUGUGAUGGCAAUGUCUCAAGGGAUGACACUCAAAAGUCAACAUUAAUGAAUAUAUUAUAUUCACCUCAUUUCACU